UGUUACCGUCAGAGAGACAGAGUUGCUGCUGCUGCAACAAGAGACAAGACGCGUCUUGGAUCACAAAUAGGAGGGAUGCAGGGCGCAUGCGCAGUGCGCUCCGUUUACUGUAGGAUAUUCACGGUGGAGGAAGAAAAAAAGAGAGAGAGAGAGAGAGCGAGAGAGGGGGGGGGGACAGGCACCAAAUGUAAAAAACUGCUAAAAACCCGACGUGUGCAAUGUAAAUAACCAACCGGAGGGACACGAAUUCGGAUUAUCAACAGGGAUCUUUUCCAGGUGUGUGAUGAGACAAAGCAACAAAGGAUGCCUUAGAGAGGAGGUUGCCUGUACGCCUGGAAACCUCUUCAAAGCCCACCACCAAAUGGAUCAAACACCUCCCCCUGCCACCUCCAGAUCAUGAUACUCGGCUGAAGCUAUUCCACUACAUUUAUGAUCCCUCCUCCAUCUAUGGCGAACUAUAGCCAUGCAGGGGACCACACCAUCUUGCAGAAUGUUUCUCCUCUUGCCACAUUCCUCAAAUUAACCUCCCUGGGUUUCAUCAUUGGAGUCGGUGUGGUAGGGAACCUCCUGAUCUCCAUCCUGCUGGUUAAAGACAAGAGCCUGCACCGGGCACCCUACUAUUUCCUGCUGGACCUGUGCGCCUCGGAUAUCCUGCGCUCCGCUAUCUGCUUCCCCUUCGUCUUCACCUCUGUGAAGAAUGGAUCUGUCUUAACCUACAGCAUACUGACCUGCAAAGUGAUUGCCUUCCUCGGUGUGCUCUCCUGUUUCCAUACAGCAUUCAUGCUCUUCUGCGUCAGCGUCACCCGCUACCUGGCCAUCGCGCAUCACCGCUUCUACACCAAGAGGCUGACGUUCUGGACGUGCUUGGCCGUCAUUUGCAUGGUGUGGACGUUGUCGGUGGCCAUGGCGUUCCCUCCGGUGCUAGACGUCGGGACGUACACGUUCAUCCCGGAGGAGGACCAGUGCACGUUUCAGCACCGCUCCUUCAGGGCCAACGACUCGCUGGGCUUCAUGCUCCUGCUGGCGCUCAUCCUUCUGGCCACGCAGCUGGUUUACCUCAAGCUCAUCUUCUUCGUCCACGACCGCCGAAAGAUGAAGCCCGUCCAGUUCGUGCCUGCCGUUAGCCAGAACUGGACCUUCCACGGGCCAGGCGCCAGCGGGCAGGCGGCGGCCAACUGGCUGGCCGGGUUUGGCCGCGGUCCCACCCCGCCUACUUUGCUGGGGAUCCGACAGAACAGCAACGCAGCGGGCCGCAGACGUCUUCUGGUGCUCGAUGAGUUCAAAACGGAGAAGAGGAUUAGUAGAAUGUUCUACAUAAUGACAUUUUUCUUCUUGGCUCUGUGGGGGCCCUACCUGGUUGCCUGCUACUGGCGCGUGUUUGCCAGGGGCUCUGUGGUCCCUAGAGGGUACCUGACAGCAGCCGUGUGGAUGAGCUUUGCCCAGGCCGGGGUGAAUCCUUUCAUCUGCAUCUUCUCCAACAGGGAGCUACGGCGCUGCUUCAGCACCACACUCCUCUACUGUAGAAAAUCCAGGUUACCGAGGGAACCCUACUGCGUUAUAUGACGGUUUUGCUGGGGUUUUUUACUCAUCUAUGUCUUGGUUACCCUGGUUUAUCUUGAUGUGGGCUCGUCCCAGUUGUACAGCUCUUGUUCUACGCCCUUCCCCUUCAGCCUCAUGGGUUUCCCUUGCUCCUCCUUCUCACGACCCUUCUCACAGGGUGGAGGGUGGACUGCCGAUCACGCGGCUCUGCGUGGGUGAUUAAAUUACAAAAAGUCCAACUGAACAUGGAGACCAAAUGGAAUGGGAAUAUAUAGAAGGUAUGGAUCCCGUCCUAUGUUUAUGUUCUAGUAAACAGACCUUGUGGAAGGCCAUGCCGAUGCAGAAAAGCAAAAAGUUAAAAAAAAUUAUUAUUAUUUUUUCCUUUGACAAAACGAUGAAAACAAAACCUCCUGCUUUGGAUCUUUCGAAGACGAGUUACUCUGUGAUGUGUGAAAUACAAAAAAUAAAAAAAGAUAAAAAUUUAAAAAAAGAUUAAGAAGUGAACAUGUAAUGAAGAAACAAUACCUCUCAAGGAAUCAUUGGAAAUGUUUUACAGUUUAAGAGUUGCACUAAAAAGAAGAUGUAAAGUUGCAUUUCUUUGGUCGAUGGUUGCCAUCCGCAUCGCAAGGACAACUUUUUUUCUCCUCUCUUUGUUUCUGUUCUCCUUCGGCGUAAACGAUGAAUGCUUUAAUUUGCAACAGACAACACAAUUGUCUUUACCGUACGUAAAGCAAAUCUUGGUGACGUUGGGAUACGCACCAUCACAAGAGGAUGAGAUGGUUGUAAUGUAAGUGGUUUUCUUUUCAAUUUACCGGGCGGGCGGGCGUUACCAGGGGCGAGGGUUUACGAUUUGUGGGUUUUUGGGGGGGGUUUUUUCUUUGAAGUUGCAACUUAAGACUAGAAAUUAUUUCUUGUAGUUUUACGAUCCAUAUGUCCAUAGUGUCUCGCAUUGUUACUUUCUUAACUGAUUUUACGAGAAAAAAAUAAAAGAUGGAGCAAUGUAUGGGUUUGGAAUAAAAAAAGACUGAUUUUAAAGAAAAAAAAACAGAUCUUGUGCUUAAAAAAAAAAAGACAUUGAAGACGUAGUUUAACGUUUCAUCAUAUCCAUGUACCUAAACACUAUCAUAUUGUGACAGUAUUGCCGAUGCCACUCCGGGUGUUCUUGCCUUAAUGGUGAUGAUAUUGUCAUGUUUUUUCUUUUUUUUUUAUUUCCAUUCAGUCCUAAAAAAAAAAGAUUUUUUUUUAAUUUUUUUGUAGAUGCAAGGGGAGCUGUUUGUUUUUCUUUCUUUCUUUGUCACAUCAGCGUGAAACGCAUGUCCAUUUUUUAAAAGAAGCUGGUCCACUCCCAUGAGCAUCACAGGCCAUACACUGAGCAGCCCAUUUUUUAUUCUGCAAUGGUUUGCUACACCCCACAGAGUGCGGCGAGCACAGGGAGAGGGAGAGAGAGAGAGUGUGUGUGUGUGUGUGUUGCAGUGUAUGUGUAUUACAGCAAAGAUGUGUGUGAGCUAGACAACCGUCACUUCAAGACCAGAGCCUUAGUAUGAAAUCUUGCACAAUUUGUAAAAAACGUAAAAGAAAAAAAAAAAAAAAAAAACAGAAAAAAGAAAAGAAAAAGACAUUUAAGGCACACUGUCUUGUUUCUACUUUCCCUACAUUUGCUCUCUACUGAUUGUUUUCGAUGACUUACUUUCUUUUUUCUCUCUUGUGGCCAUUUUAAUAUUUAUUAUGUAUUCAUUUUUGUAUAUUAUAGAUAGUGUGUCAGUAUGUGAGUCUUUCAUUUUGAAGUCCCGGAUGUGAGUAACGGUUUCAGUUAGGAUUGCAUUUGCUGAAAGUUAACUGUGUAAUCUGUUGCUUUUUUUGGAAAUAAAAGAAAGUAUCAAUUUUGAAAAAAACAAACAAAAAAAACAACCGUUUUUCUUUUAAAGUGCAUGUGGCUGAGUGGAGACAAUACAACAUGGCAAUAUUAACUUUUUUUUUUUGGAGUUGUGCUCUUUGAUUAUUUAUGCUAUGUUUGAUGGUUUUCUGUGCCUUGGACGUUGGGACUCGGAGUAGAGUCCCACUUGAGUUAAAUUUGUUCUAGUUUCAGCGUGAGGAAAACUGGUGGGAUUUACUUAUUGUUGUGGUGCUAGCUAUAGCGACAUAGCAGGUAGCUCCUUUAGCAACUUUGGUUUGGAAAGUCUAGAUGUGCUAUUGUUACAAUUUCUUUAAAUCAAUCCUUUUUUUUGAAUGUCACUCUCUCAAAAAACACCUCUGUUACAUUUGUGCUAGAUCAGUGGUGUCCACAGUCAAAUCUCAAAUUUUCCUCCAUGUUUUAAUUCCUUCCUUGGUUCAACACACCUGAAUCAAAGGAUUAUUUCUUAACAGGCCUCUGCAGAAUUUUGACAAUUUGUGCUUUUUUUCACCAUAAAUCAAAGCCAUUUGCAUAAAUAACAGUAGAUGUCUAUGCAAAUUACCCUCUAACGCAACUAAUGCGCUAAAAAAAAAAAAAAAAAAUGCUCCAACUGAUUAGCUGAGUUACGUUGGCUAAUAGCGUAGCUCUGACUAGCCAUUUUAUCACGUGUGGCCUAAACUCACUUGCCUUUGUCCAAACUGAGUUUAUUAACGAAGCGAUCUACUGCAGGUAAGAUAAUUAUUACUUGCAUCCUCUCCAAAGGACCCCGCUUCGGGAAAAGCUCCUCUCUGCUUUACAUGGAAAUGUUUAAAACAUCAAACACGGAGGGUAAAAGCCUCGCUUUAAAGUGGGUUUCUAAGUGACUAUUGCUGGUUGGCACUUCUACAAGGUUUCCAUAUGUAUAAUUUAUGUGAGUGCCUUUUAAAUAUGAGCAUAGUUUUCGCUCCAGUUUGUGUGGCACAGCGUAUCACAACAGCACACACUGUUGUACUUGCCACUAAACGCGAAGCGGCUCGGACAUUUAAUGGAAAUAAUCUGCUUGGAUUGAUCUCCCGGGUUCGCUCACCCUCGCAGGUUGUCAUUCUGUGUUAAAGAAGAACGCCAGUGAAUUUCACAUGACAUACAUGCAGCCACCAUAUGGAACAAUGGCGCCCGAUAACCCUUUAGCCGGGGCCCCCCGGAGCGGCGAAUGACGUAGCAGUUUGUUCCAGUCUUUCGUUUUUUAAGGUCACAUUGACUUGCAGCGGCACUGAAGACGAGCUGUAAAAAUAUGGAAAUGAGAACUGAAGAAAUGAGUCAAUUUAACAUUUUAUUUAGAAUGCAUGUUGCAUGUUGGGGGUGAGAGAGGGGGGGGGGGACUUCAGAUGAUUUAAAAAAAAAAUUUUAUUAGGAAAUAAAUGUAACUAAAUGAUAAAAUAGAAUUCCUCUGCAGAGAUUAAUGGUUCAGUUAAUUGAUAAUUAACUUUUUACCCUUUGGAAAAUAAUUAACAGCUCUUCCAGACAUGUUUUGUUAUUGAGUGGCAUUUCUAAACAACAACAACAACAAAAAAAAGGAAUAAUAAUAAUCUUUAUGCCAAUGACGGCGCUGUUUAAAAAAAGUAUGCUAACUAUGGUGCUGAAAUGGCUCUCCGGGGAUUUCCACAACGUUCUUAAGGUUCUAUUGAGGAAACAGUUCUGUUCACAAGCGUAAGCAACGUCAUUCAUUUGUAGCUUGUGCAUCUGAACCACCAGAUUUUCUGACAUGGGCUGCGUUCACACAAGAGGUCUUGAUGAUUCAUUUUGAUGGGGUUUUUUUUUCCUUUCCUUUUUUUUUCUCAAAUCUGUUUUAUGUUGUUGUUGCUAUGCGCAUUUGUGAAUGAUACGACUGUGAAAACAGUCCACAUCCCCAAAGCGACCCGCAUGCGCAGAAGAGGAACGUCGACGUCACACGGCAGCGCACCGCUUCCCGCCCUGACGAUGGAUGGAGCCGCUAAGGGGUCGAUUUUAAAGUUUGUUGAGCAACGGGAGUCGACAGUCGUGUAACAACACGAGGGAAGAUAAUGUGUUAUUCAUUGUCUUCCCUCCAACGAUGGAGACUUCUUUCUUCCGUUAUUACGAUGCAUGUCUCACGUUAAUGACAUAAAGGCUGGAUAAAAUGCAACUCGACAGUUCAGACUGCAGUCGCUUUGAAAACUAUCGGGCGAGAUACAAUUUUUUUGGAGGGUCGAAAAGAUUGAAAUUAGGUCGUUCAGACCGAACCCGUUGUAUGUCAAAACAUCGAGCUUUGUCAAAUCUUCAACCAGUUAAAUUCACUACCUGUGGUCAGUGACACCAGUGCUUCAUGAAAGGCUCUAGUCUCCUUGGUUGUUUCUGCUUCUGAUGUUUUGUAAGACUUUUUUCAGCUGGAAUAUUCUUGACUGCGUAGCUUCUCUACUUGUGAUGUAAUUUUUAUUUAUUUAUUUUUUGCAAAGUCAUUGUAUUUCAUUCACGAUGACAAUGGCCAACACAACAAGACGGGUCUAAAGCUUGAACAACGCAAGGUCAUGCUGCCAUAUUCUGUUCUUUUUUUUUUUUUUUUUUAAUCCACAUAAACCCAAUUCACAGCAAACAAAUCCUGUUAUUCACCCCAAGAGUACGAAUGCAGUUUAAUAUUAGCGUUUUGGUGCCCAACAAAGUCAUCAUUUAUUCAAUAAGACCGGUCUUUGGAAAUGAUGCCGUUUUAAUCUCAAGUCGGUGUUCAUUUUAAUUCCAGGCCUGCAAACACAGUCCAAAGAAGCCAGAUCAAACUAUUAGAUAUCCGUCUAAAAAAAAAAUGUAAUUUGGCGCUUUUUUUUUUUUUUUCACCAAAUAUUACCGUUUGGGAAUAUUUCUUUAGAUUCACGAGGGAGAUAAAAGCCGAUCUUUGACCAUUUGUUCCACUUAUUCAAAAUGAGGAGGAAAUUUCGCUACUUAAGGCCGUGGCACGAGUUUAACAUCUCACUGAUGCAUAUUUCAUUCUCAUUGAGCACAUGCAAAUUAGCAAACGGUGUCACUUUUGAGCACUGGCCCAUUUUCUGGCAUGUUGAUUCGAGUGCCCCAGUAAUUCCCUCUCUCUCUCUCUCUCUCUCUCUCUCUCUCUCUCUCUGUCACUCUCUCUUUUCCUCUUUCUCUUUACAUCUGAGGAAAAUAUGACAGGCAGAGGUGACGGCAUGGCUUGAAAGCUGUCUGAACCGCUUUUCUCCUCCGAGGUACCUUCUCUUCCGAGAAACGGGGAGGUACAUAUCAUUCACAGUCGAAGCAAUUACCGACCGACUGACUGCUUGAUUUCGGGCACACGUGUUUAGAUUACGGCAGACGGAAAACACGAUAAUCACUCUGGAUGUAAUUUUCAUUUAAUGCUCAGAAGACUAUUCAAUUAGGGUUUUUUUUUGGCUGCCUAUGAAUAAUCAAGCCACGUCCAAGAUUGGCGCACGCAGUCGGAGAGAUUUUUUAUUUUGUAAGAAUGGGUUAAGAACAAUAGAACACGCCUUUGUGUUAUGUUUAUUAUCAAUACCAUCUGGCGACUUGCAAAAACAAUUUCAUUUGGAAAUUACAAGAAGAAAAAAAAAAAAAAGACCUCCUUGAGUUUGUUUAAUCGCACGAAACCCUAAUUAACGAGCAGUAAGUGUCCAUGACAACAACCUUUCAAAAAUGGGAAUGAAAUGAAGUGAAUAACUUAAUCUUUUGAAAAGCUAUUUAGGGGGAAAAAAUAAUAAAGAACUGCUUUCUGUGUUUUGUUUGUGUUUUUUUUUCUUUUUUCUUCUUCUUUUUUUUUUUCCACUUGACUAUGUGUUUAACCAUUGAAGUUUGAAAAUGAGGACUGGCCGAUGUUCUUUGCACGGGAAUUGAGAUGUUUAUCAGCAAUGACUCGUGCGGACUUCGGCGUGAGAUGUUUUCCAAACGCUGCUUCUGUUUGACCUCUGUGAUUUAAGUGUGUUGGGUUCGUAGCAGUGAUUUUUAGGAGCAAAACAGAGCCAAUUGCUUUUUCUCUUCUUGGAGAUGGAAAGUCUUUGAGGUGUGGCGCUGCAGUGGUUUUCUUGCCUAACUGGAUUAGGGCUUUGAGGCUGAUGUGUAACAUCUGACUGACUACAGCCAAAAAAAAAGGGGCUGGUAAUGCAAAAAAUAAAAAAAAAAGCCAAAAAAUUAAAAAAAAUUUCAACUAAUUGUCAGUUUUUUCCAGUUCAGUUAAAUUCCAGAGUAAUUGAAGGUGACGACAGCACACAAUUUACCAAAACAUCUGGGAUAAUGCAAGCGAAGCCUGCAUUAAAAACAUGGUUUUCAAUAAUGACUUAUCAAAUAUCAAUGUUUUAUUAUUGGAAAUGUGUGAUGGACCGUAGAAAAUAGUCCAUACGUGUAUGCUGGGAAAAAUGGUGAUGGUCUGCCCCCAGCUUAUUUUUUUAUGUAUAUAAUUGACUUGUAUUUAGCUUUGUGCAUCUUCCUCACAGUAUGAUGCUCCUUAUGCCAUGUUUUACACUAAGGAAUGGUGUGUUCAGUGUAAUGUGCAGUAUUAGAUUUCUGUCAAAUACAGCGUUUUGUAAUUGUACUAAAAAGUUCCAUUUUGGUCUAAUUAUUUGCACAGAUUGCCUUCUUCCACAUGUUUACUGUGUCCCCAAAAUGGCUUGUGAUGAACUGAAAAGACCAUAAGAAAUCCCCUAGCUUUAAAUAUUAACUGAUUAAACUGUCGAAGAAGCUUCAAAUGUUUUUUCUUCCUGCAUAUUUAAACUUUUUUUUUUUUCCUUCCCUAGUAGAAUUAUAUUUAGUAGUUGGAUCAUUUCUCUGGAAAUGUGCUGGUGCUUUUUUUUUUUUUUUAAGAUUCCCUUUAUUCUUAAGUGUGUCACUGGCAUCUCAUCAAUAUAAAUGAAUGUAAGAUGAUGAAUGCCAAUUCUCACAUGUUUGUCAUUCAUAAGAACAAUGAUAUCCUGAAGUGUAAUCUGUGGUGAAAGAACAGAAGAUGGCACAGAAUAUUUACUACUGAUGGUAUCGGUUAACAGCAUUUCAGAAUGUAUGGUGGUAAAACAGCGCUUGGUUUGUUAAUUGUCAUUUAUUUCUGAAUUAACGUAGCUAUGCAAGGAGGGUUUUUUUUGUUGUUGUAAUUUUCAAAAGAAAAAUGACCUUUUUUGUUGUUCUGUGGACCAAAAAUGUACAUGUUUUUGAGACUGCAAUGCAUUUCCAGGGAGACAUUUUGAGUGGUUGUAAUGUUCGGUGGUGAAAUAAUAUGAUCUGACUUGAUAGGAGAAACUGUUCAGGGUUUACUAUCGUUCAUAGCUUACACUGGGAAUGUUGGGAAAAUUCUCCUGUUCGCCUCUCUUUUUCAGUUUUUACAUAACUUUGGUUGCUUAUGCCCAUUUGAUCACAACGUUUUUUCUGGCUACCACAAAAGGCUAUACCCAUGUUCCACCAUUGGCACAGGAACCACAGUUUGAUGACAGUGGAGGUAGUAAAAUGGAAACAGGUUGGUCCCAGUGAGAAGCUUUCCUCCAGUGACCAGGAGCAGGUGGUUGCUGUCCUCAAAAUGUCAAAAGACAUUCUAUAUGGACCAUGUCUGUGGGCAGCUAUGGAGGAAACACAAGAUGUGUAAAUGGAAGCAGAAAACCCCAUUAAUACAAAAAAGAAAUGAAAAAUACUAAAACCUGUAUCCUCUAGUCCCCCUGGUAACCACAGUUGUUUUUAGAGAAUAUUUUUUGAGCCUUUUUAUGAACUAGUACAGCAAAGCUAAAUUGUAGCUAGCUUUUUAUGAAGCUAGCAGCUUAAGCUAACAGCCUUAACGCCGGUCCAAACAUCUGAGUCAGCGGCUCAAAUGUUUGGAAGCUUUAUAUUAGCUUACAUUUGAACAUUUUAAGCUAAUAUACCUCUGCAAUCUGUUAGCUAGAAAAAAAAAUGCCCAGACCAAGCUGCUUAUUAGAAUACAAGCAUGCUAGCAUAACACAACCACACUGCUAAUGGCUGGUUUAAGCAGGGGAAAAAGAAAAAAAAAAAUGACAGCAGCAUAUUUUGCUAAAGUGCAGCUUAGCUUGUGAUCUUACACAGGUUCAGCUUCUUUGCUUCUAAAUCUCCCCCCCGCCAACCCAGUUUUGGUGGGAGUUCAAGAGUAAACACGUCUCCUCCGUUGCUAAUACUUCGGAUGAGUGAUGAAGACUUAGGUUGAACAUGAUUGGUGGGUUAGCUCUUAAGCACCGGAGCUCGCUGAAGUCAGAGUAUGCAAAGAGAGACUACUGGUCGGCGGUAAUCCCCCUGACGAGGAUUACCCAUGUCUUUCAUGCUAGAUUAAAGGGUCCCAUGAUACCCUGCUGUGCUGUCUGGGUCCUGAUGUGGAAUCAAUGCUCUGGAUGAUAAAUUAUCGGCAUCGUCGUCGUUGUCUUUUCCUUUCAGUGCUGGGUUUGAAGUUUCCUCGACUCCCCAGAUUUGUUUUUAACGGUUUAAAAAAAAAAAAGCUAUAACUAUUGUACAAAUAUUCAAAUCUAACCACAAAUUCACAUUCGCAUUUAGGUUUGGCAUUUAACUGGAACCUUUUCACACCUUAUGUGCUCAAAACAGAACCACUAAACAGCAGCUUUCUGCCAAGAAAAAAGCCUUAGUUUCAAAUGUUUUUGUUCCUCAUUUGAGCUAAACAAGUUGCCGUUUUGAAAUAACGGAUUGAACAUUGCCCCCGUUUUUCAGACUAAAUCUUGGACAUUGUUUGAAACUCUCUCAGAUGUCUCUUGGUUUUCUUGAUGCCGCUUGUUUGCUGACGCUUUCUGAUGCCUUCUGAGAACUGUUGUAUUUAUAUUGAUAUUAAAUGACACACAGGGGCACUCCUGUUACUAGGCGACUUCUGAAGGUUAUUGUUUACUCUUUUUUUUUUUUAGGUAUAUCAGAUUGCGGCAAGACUGAAUGCGGUGGUAUUUUACAUCCCCUGUUAUACAAAGAAUGUUUGCUGUAUUUCUUUUUUUUUCUGUCAAAUUAUACUAAGGUUAUAAAAUGAAUCGGGGGAAAAAAAUCUUGAUGAAGGAGAUGGCGAACCUUCAUGGCGCACAGAUGCGUCCAGGCUGCAUAUUCUCACAGAAGUGCAUCUCCAGAGGGCAAUCCAUCGUGAUCAAAAGCCAACAUGGUGUCCAUUUAAAACGUCCAACCAACCGCUUACAUCUGCUCACUCUGAGGUACAUUUGCCCAAGGAGGACUGAAGGAAGAAGAAGAAGAAAAAAAAAAGCACAUUAAGGAGACUAAACUUGACACAGAUCUCAUUAAAAAUUUGGAUUAUUUUUAAUAUUUUCUUUAAUAAUUCAUUUAUUUCUGCUUCACUGCGACCGAGGAGUGUUUAGGGAUGUUUAUCCAGGCGAUUUGUUCCCUCUAAUUUCACAUCUCUUUUUUUUUUGUGACGAAUCCAAGGGCUUUUGGAAAAGAAAAAAAAAAAAAGCGGGAAGAGGGAGGGGCUCCGUGCGAGCGCCUGAGAAGGAGGGAGGGAGGGGAAAAGAUUGUUGUGGGAGUAAAUCCACUCGUUUUCUUGUGUUCCUGCCUCUUCAGCACAUUCCCUCUCUCCUCUUCUCCCUCCAUCCUUCCUUCUCUCCUCCUUUCCUCUAUAUUUUUGGAAACAUCUCAUUCUCUUGAGUCAGGCCCGGCGAAGGCUCCGUCUAGCAUGCUCUCGCCUCCUCAUCGUUCUCCUCCUCUCCGUUGUCACUCUGUCUCUCUCUCUCUCUCUCUCCCUCUUUGCUGUUUAUGAUAUUAAAACAUCAAGAGAGCCAAAGCAAGAGAGGGGUGGGAAGUAAAAAAAAACCCAAACUAAUCUCUUUUAUGCAGAUUGACAGAGGCGAGAAUAGGUGAUUGAUGAGCCAUUAAUUUGCUGUACUUACAUACCUGACAGGUAACUGAUGGAUGUAUCCGCAUCUGUUGGCGUAAUGGGUUGGUCAGAGGGGGCCCACGAAAAGUGACGGGCCGAAAUUUUCCCAGAUUAAAACUCAGCAUUUCGGAAGCAGAAUCGAUGCGAUAUUAACGCUGCGGACACAUUUUUGGCAUUCAUCUUAAUUUGUCAAACGGCGUUGGCAGCAGCACUGAUUGAUGAUGCCCAACUUGACUGAUAGUUGUGUCACUUGCUGUACUUUUUGCACAGCCGACGUUGUUUAUCGGCCCGCUUUUUAUUACUUUUUCUCAAGUAGUAAUUAGCAUGCGUGCAAUGCUGCGAAAUUUUUCUUUUUUCUCUCUCUUGCAAACCAGGCCGGCCACUUCCAGGAAAAUCUGCCGAAUGAGGGUUGCCUGGAAACUAUAGUGUCAACUUACGGCGUCCUACAACCAGUUAGGCGUACAACUAUAGAUCUGCAUGUGGGAUGAAAUGGCGUCCUAUACGGAGCGAUACAUUUGCUUGUUCUUUAAAUCAUUUGUAUCAGUUUGAGAGCCCGUUUCCGACCUUCAGCGAGUCGUUUACAGGGAAGUCAGCUAAUCUAAUUUUGAGCCCAAGGUUUGGGGGGAAAAAGGUGGGAGCAGAGCCUCCGCUCCUCUGCAUGGAAAGGCAUCAGUUAUGGCGGUCGGAGCAUCUAAAUGCAUUUCUGUGAAGUUUUUUUUUUUUUUUUUGCAACAUGACUGUUGUACUACGUGACUGCAGUAGGAGAAGAAAGACAUGGGAACCCAAGCUCAUGUGACAUUUAGACAAUAUUCCUAAUAAAUUAAAUAUUUUUUCGGUUGCUUUUGUUUGGUCCAGAUUUGAUUAAAGCUCAGUUUGCAGCACAUCCGAUACGUUAUUUUUUGUGAGAUUGGUGUAUUGUGUGUCCUUUGUUGGAAUUCUAGUGACUUUUUGUGAUAUGGGAUAAACAUGUCUGUAUUGUGUAGUUACAUGUCCUUUGUGGUAGUUAUUCAAACAUUUUUUUUUUUUUUAGUUUUUGACCAAGAUGAAAAGAGAAAGUGCGGAACAUAAUAGAGUGCAAAUACAUAGCAUGAAAAGUGUUGUGCAGAUGAAGCCGAGUGAAUCAGAAGCCCGUUGUUAUGUGCCUUUCAGUUUCUAUGGAAGCUUAUUACCAUUUUCCAAUGUCAAAAAAUAAAAAAACAUUUUCUUUACUUUUUCAGCAUGAGCACAAACUUCUGAACAAAAAAUAUUUCCCUUCCACUUUAGAACAUGGUCACUGCAGCGAAGGGGGGAUAAAACAAAAAAAAACAGUUUUCUGCCUUCUGUGUUCAAAGGAUUCAAUUUUCCUCUUGAGGAAUUAUAUUUGCUACAUAGAUGUAAUAACUUUCCAAGAGACUGAUUACGCUGUUGUUAUUUGUACAAUUUAUACACCUAUGGCAAAGCUGUGCUCGCACACUAUACAAGUGUGUGAUUUACCUUUGGUGUCUUUAUUUGCAGCACAAUGAUUAUGAUUGGGUUUAGCCAUGCUUUGUGCUUUGUUGUUUUUUUUUCUAAAGCAAUUUAUAUCUAUGUAAUAGCUGCGAAGCUGAAAUGUUACAGACGGAGUCGUCGUCGUCAUUCUUCAGGAGAGAGACAAACAGCAACGCAGUAGAAGUUCUGUGAUCCCUGCAGCAGCAGCAGCUCUGAUGAAAAGUUGCACACAAAAUACUUUUAUACGUUGACUUUAUUUUUUUUUUAGCACAUCACAAAAGAUGCGACAGCUCGCUGCUCAUACAGAAGAUGCUUGGGAACUUUGUUUCUUCACUAUGUUGUCAGAUCAGGUUUAUGUUCAAGUAAUCCAGCAAUUUUUUUAGCUAUUGUAAUUGAUUAUGAUAUUUUUUUUUCCUAUAAGGAAGUCACUAAAAACAAGAAAAUCUAUUUUUUUAUUAUUAUUAUCCUGCGCGUACUUGCAAUUUCACAAAACAAUUGUAUUUCCUGUUGGUGUUUGACAUCGUCCCAUGGGCGUCUUGCUAAUUGUUUUAGCUCAUUUGAACUUAUUUAACGUAAACGAUUCAAGCGUUUCGCAGCUGGGGGACCGAUGAGGAGAAAGUGUUUCCCAGUCUGAGACGCUGCAUUGCAGCAAGUUUCUUUUCGAAAGCUGUUCGCUUUCCUCACUUUCUCCAAAAGCAGGAAAGAAGUCAGAGAGAUUGAUGUCUGUAAAUGACCGACUAUCAGCUUCUUAUGCUCAAGUGUUGCAUUGAAAAUUCAAUUCCAGAAAAUUCUUGGCAGGAAUCUCUGUCUGGCAGCAGGAGCUUUUUAAUAAUGAUUAAAGCCGAUCCACUAAUAUUCUAAUUGUCUUGAGAACCUUUGCCAGUAAAUUUCAGAGUCGAUCAUCUCUUCAGUUUUGGUGAAAACAGCAAGACCACACUGAACAUUUACGUGAUUUUUUUUUUUUUUUUAGUAUUAUUGUUAUUAUUUCUUCACGGAUUCUGUCUUAGCAUGUCGCUUCAUGGCGGUUUGACUGAGCCGUCUCUUGUGGGCGGGAAGCAUCGCCGCAGCUCCUCGAGGGUCAAGUGCUUUCCACGGCUAAAUUAGAUCAGAUAUUCUGAUCGCUCACUGAAAUUUAUUUCAAUUAACGCCGGAGUCUCUUCGGCGCUGGCAGCCGACAGAUGGUCUAAAUUCCAUUCAAGGGGAGGCUGGCAGCACCAAAGGGACAACCGAGAACAGACGACAGGUAACGAGGAACUGCUUCGAACUGAUGGGUCGGUUUUUGUCACAAAACAUUUACACUUGUUUUGUCAGGAGGAUCUCGGUGCCGAUUAUUCUGAACGUCACAUGACCGUUUUUGGGGGUUGUUAUGUUUGCGUGGACCAUCGUUCUGAUUGGCCAAGGGGCUCAAAGAGUUUGAGUCAGGAAAACGUUCUCAAAGAUUAUUGCGAUACUCCAACAUCAUUUUCAUGCGCCACGUCGCAGCACAUGCAGAAACGCCUUUAGUUUGUUUUGUCAGAAAAUUCACCAAGUGUUGGAUGUUUGGAAAGGGGAAAACCAAGAGAGCGAGCGACGGCGUGAAAACAAUCUAAUCAGUGAGUGUGAGAUAAAGCGGGAAACGUAACAUAAAAUACUUGGGGGAAUGUAGUGUUAAUACAAUCAGUUCCAUCAGCAGCUUGCACAGCGGCUGAGGGCUGCGGUGUGUCACUGAUAUGAUUACCUACUCAUCCAGGCCUCUGAUCUCAUUGUUUUCUGACACGGAAGAUAAUACAUGCAUAAUAAUGCGGGACUGUGCUGGAAAUAAAGAUUUGAUUUUUGCGGCGGGGAAACGUGGUAGCUUGUUUAGCCGCUUAACUCGUUUGUCACAUAUAAACGAGUAAAACGGUUAGUGGGAAAAGUUGAUAUUUUUCUUUUUAGACUUGUAUUGUCAAUGGAGAAUAGUGGCAUAAUUUAAGAUUAGAAAAAAACUAAAGUAAUUCAGCUGUUAUUUUUUAAAAAACUGAAUAAAAAGAGAGGAAAACUUUAAGUGUUACUUCUUCUUCCUCUAAUAGUAGCAACACAUCCAUACCCCAAGCUGAGAUUAUAGAUCAUGUAGACAUUGAAAACCCAAAUUGAGAUUUUGGCAGUAUUUUCAGGAAAACUAAGAAACCCCUGGAGCUUUCACACUAGGAAAGUUCUCAAAUAAUCGAUUUGAUUGGAAGGGGAACAACAAAACGUUUUGCAGCUUCAUUUGGUUUGGUACACUUUCAAGCUGCUUUAAAAAAAAAAAA